AUGGCGCGUCCAAAGUCUAUCCGUGCGCCUACAGCCGCCAGUCUACCCAACACUCUCCGCAUCCCCUCCUCGACCCCCUCUCUGAUAAAGUCAUUCUCUCGGCUAUCCCGCCAGGCUCUUCUGGACCUGGUGUUUCAAUGGCUCGAUGAUCGCAACGCGCAAUUGUUUCCACCGUAUCUUGAGCAAGACGAAGCCGAGAACCCCGACGAAGAUGAACUCAGCCCGUACCCGGCCGCCGAAUCGAUCGAGGACGUGCGGAAUGCUUACCAGGAUUUACAAGACAGGAAAGGCGGCAAACGCGAGGUGAUUGAUCGUAUAUUGGAGGGCGACUGGCGACACGGUAUUACUUUGCGCCAGCUGGCAAUGGUGGACAUUCGGUAUAUGGAAGACCAUCCAGCAAGUCUGCGAUGGACCGCAUUUGAACUCGGUCGCAUUGGCAUGGAUGGACCUCGAUCCGCAGGAGCAACGGCGCCUGACGUUUCGGCAUGUCUACCGCGCAUCCACGCCGCUACUUUCCUGAGUAACCUUCAGCAGCAGAUUUCUCCCCUGGUGAAAGCGCAUUACCAUCUCGUUCGCUCGUCCUCGCUUCCGCUCUCAUUCCUGCGCAUCUUAGUGACUAAUUCUCCAUACCAAAACCCUCGCCAGCCACCUGAGGCUCUGACGGACUCUUCGCGAGUGAUGUACGUGGCUUUCCCCGAUAGUUGCCCCUUCAUCUACACGUCCAUAGCAUCAUCGCCCGUCGCAAAAUCAACUACAUCCACCAACCAUGCCGUCGCAACCGAUGCUCGGAGUCUGCAGCGCAUUGUACGAGACGCUUUACCCAAAGCAUUAUCGCGGCCACAAGAGCGAUACGCUUUAAGAGCGACCUCUCUGACAGCGAAGAAUCUGCAAGCUUUGCUGGCGCUCCGCGGUCCUGGAAGAUCCAACGCGGCCAAUGGAGCGUUCAGUAUAUUCGCCGACGCGGUACUCGAAGGGAGUCCCUUGGACCCACGUCCGUCGGAUACAAUUUCUCCGGAAGAGCACUUCCACCAAGAGUCAGAUCAUGGCAAGGAGAACGAAAACCAGGAGGACAGCAAUACGGGCAAAGGAAUGGAGCCUACUUCGCAUAUCGCCAAGAAGCGCAAAUUAGCCGUUCAUUCUCGUUUUGGCACAUCGGGAACCCUCUCGUCUGCCCCUCUGGACCGCCUUGACGUGCGCCUGCUUGAUCCGGCGAACGACGAGGAUGACGAACAUGAUGUGGACCGCACGCAGCCAACAGUUUCACUCACCUUUGCCGGCUCGGACGUCAUCAGCGGUAUCCGCAAGCUUGCCGAACUGGGUGUUGUCGAGCCGGAGCGUAUGCCUUCAUGGAUGACGGGCGAAGAAGCAGUCAGCGUCGCUGUUGUUCAUCGAGGAAAGCGUAUAAUCAAAGAUGGUUGA